GUUGCGUUUGACAUGUUCACCGCCGUUUUGCGCAUCCUCUCCAUUUACCGCAAGUCGCGCGCUACUAGCGUCCAUCAACGUCACUUAAUACAUCGUGGACUUAUAAAUUACGGUCGCUAAUCUCCUCCGAGACAGUCGAGUCAGCGCCGCCCAACGAAGUCGACGUCGGUCGAAACGAUUAUCUUCAACUCAAGGAUGAGCUCCCGGUUCGAGGGGAGCGGGAAAAUAGAAACACUCUGCGAAAAAAAGAGCAGCGGAGAACAAAGUGACAGAAGUAACUUUAUACCUGAUCCAAAUAAAGUUUGAAUUAAAAAAUAAACGCUCUAUUCAUAUCGCAAUGGUGGUCAAGGCUGCUUCCGUUUAAGAAAAAUUAUAUUAUUGACAUGGAUACGUACACAGGCUUUUCUACCAAAGCUAUUCAUGCCGGGCAAGAUCCAAAGCAAUGGAAUCAUGGGGCAGUGAUACCUCCUAUAGUGAUGUCUACUACUUUUGAACAGGAUGCCCCUGGCCAACAUAGAGGUUACGAAUAUGGUAGAAGUGGCAAUCCUACACGCAAUGUAUUGGAAGCAUGUCUGGCUGCUUUGGAAGAUGGCAAACAUGCUAUUGCCUAUUCCUCUGGUUUAGGAGCCACAACAGCAGUGACAAGUUUAAUAAAUUCAGGAGAUCACCUUAUCUGUGGAGAUGAUCUUUAUGGUGGAACCAACCGUUAUUUCCGAAAUUGCUUAAUAAAGCAUAGUAACAUAGAUGUGACAUUUGUAGACACAACAAAAACAAAAAAUGUUAUUGAUGCUCUGAAACCGAAUACUAAGAUGAUAUGGUUGGAGUCGCCAACGAAUCCACUGCUAAAAAUUACAGAUAUCAGUGCAAUUGUUGAUGGUGUAAAAUCUCGCCAAUCAGACAUCAUAAUAAUUGUCGAUAACACAUUUUUGACAUGUUACUUCCAAAGACCACUAGAGAUGGGCGUUGACAUAGUUAUCUAUUCUUUAACUAAAUAUAUGAACGGCCAUUCGGACGUCAUAAUGGGCGCCGCGAUUACUCGUAGGGACGAUCUCGGGCAGAGAAUGCGAUAUUUGCAAAAUGCAAUGGGAAUUGUCCCGUCGCCCCACGACUGCAGUCUGGUUAAUCGAGGUUUAAAAACGCUUGAGCUCAGAAUGGAAAAACAUAUGAAGAACGGUUUGGCCAUAGCGGAAUUUCUAGAGAGACAUCCUAAAGUGGAGAAAGUGCUCCAUCCUUAUCUCCCGUCGCACCCGCAACACAGACUCGCAAUUAAACAAACAAGCGGCCACAGUGGGAUGGUAUCUUUUUAUCUGAAAGGCGACCCUGCGAAAUUUUUGAAGGCACUGAAAAUAUUCACUUUAGCCGAGUCAUUAGGCGGUUAUGAGUCACUGAUUGAAAUACCAUCCAUCAUGACGCAUGCAUCCGUGCCUUUAGAAAUGCGAAACGCGUUAGGUAUUACGGAUAAUUUGGUUCGUAUAUCUGUCGGUAUCGAAUCAGAAGAAGACCUCAUAGCCGACCUUAACCAAGCAUUGGAUAUUUGCUAAUGAAUAUAACACCAGUUAUUUUGAAGAAUAACCCACUUAAUGGACAAUAGUAUAUAUCCUAAUGAGUAUUUACAUGUACUUUUAAUAUGUAAUUUGACUCUAACUUCCACAUUGUUGCGCAUCUCUAUAAGCGAUGUCAACGCGCGGGUAACACAAUGAAAAUAUCUAUAAUAGGUACAAAGAGACUUUAUUUUUAUAAAACAUUUUUACACAUUCCAUAAUUCUCGGAUUCAUAUUAGGAACACUGUAUAGUACAGCAAUAGAUAUUUUUUGACACAUGUAA